GACUCUAAGCGCUGAUUGGCUAAAGCCCUUUUCGUACAUUUUCGUACUAGAAAUACGUUCAAUAUCUGCCCUGAGCGUUUCGUCUUACAAUUUUUGAAAAAAAAAAAACAUUGCAGACACAAAGCUCCAUAAACUGUACACGUUUCACCAAAAUACAAGAAUAUGGCGCAGUGGUGCCAGCUUCAGUCUCUGGACAGCAAGUACCUGGAGCAGGUGGACCAGCUGUACGAUGACUCCUUCCCUAUGGACAUUCGACAGUACCUAAGCAGAUGGAUUGAGAGCAUUGACUGGGACACCGUGGCAUUGCAGGAGUCGCUGGCCACAGUUCGGUUUCACGACCUCCUGGCCCAGUUGGACGACCAACACAGCCGCUUCGCACUGGAGAACAACUUUCUACUGCAGCACAACAUUCGCAAGAUCAAGAGAAACUUACAGGAUCGUUUCCAGGAGGAUCCCGUCCACAUGGCCAUGAUCAUUUCCAGAAACCUUAAGGAGGAACAGAAGAUCCUGGUUAAUGCAAAGAGUACAGAGCAAGAAGGCGAGGGGGCUGUGUCAGCCAUGGUGGUGGAAAAACAAAAGCUGGACAACAAAGUGAAGGAGAUGAAAGAUAGAGUGCAGAUGGUAGAUCAGAACAUUAAAAAUGUAGAGGACCUGCAGGAUGAGUAUGAUUUCAAAAUCAACACACUGAAGAACAGAGAGAACGAAAUGAACGGCAUGACACCAAAGGAGCUGGAGAAGGAGAAGAUGCAGAUUGGGGGGAUGUGCCUUCAGCUGAAAUCCAAACGACAGGAAGUGGUGUUUCAACUUGCUGAGCUGCUGAAUGCCACUCAAGCACUGCUAACAGACCUGAUAUCCGAGGAGCUGCCAGAGUGGAAGCAGCGGCAGCAGAUUGCCUGCAUCGGUGGCCCACCCAAUGCCUGCGUGGAUCACCUGCAGAACUGGUUUACAGCAGUUGCAGAGAGUCUCCAGCAGGUCCGUCAGCACCUGAAGAAGCUGCAGGUGUUGGAGCAGAUGUUUACCUAUGACAGCGACCCCAUCACACAGAAGAAAGUAUUCCUAGAGACACGAGCCCUGGAGCUCCUCAAGAACCUUCUCUCCAACUCUCUGGUUGUGGAGAGGCUCCCCUGCAUGCCCACACACCCACAGAGACCCCUGGUGCUGAAAACAGGUGUUCAGUUCACAGUAAAACUUCGGUUUCUGGUGAAGUUGCAGGAAUUUAACUACCAAAUAAAAGUCAAGGCUCUAUUUGAUAAGGAUGUUACAGAAAAAAAAGGGUUUCGGAAGUUUAACAUUUUGGGAACAAACACCAAAGUCAUGAACAUGGAAGAGUCGAAUGGGAGCUUAGCAGCAGAAUUCAGGCAUUUGCAACUGAAAGAGCAGAAAGUGGCAGGGAACAGAACAAAUGAGGGUCCUCUGAUUGUCACCGAGGAGCUUCACUCGCUCAGCUUUGAGUCUGAACUGCAGGUUAAUCAGUCUGGAAUGGACAUAAAACUGGAGGCCAUGUCUCUGCCUGUUGUGGUCAUCUCUAAUGUCUGUCAACUGCCCAGCGGCUGGGCCUCAAUCCUCUGGUACAACAUGUUGACCACUGAGCCUAAAAACCUGAAGUUCUUUCUCUCACCUCCACCAGCAAAGUGGUCCCAGCUGUCCGAGGUUCUGAGCUGGCAGUUCUCCUCGGUAACCAAGCGAGGCCUGAACCAGGAGCAGCUCAACAUGCUGGCAGACAAACUGCUCGGAGCCAAAGCCCAGAGGAACCCUGAGGGGCUCAUCCCAUGGACCAAGUUCUGUAAACAGCAGAGCACCAAUGAGAAAGCUUUCCCCUUCUGGUUGUGGAUUGAAGGAAUCCUGGAUCUGAUUAAAAGACACCUGCUCCCUCUGUGGAAUGAUGGUUCCAUCAUGGGUUUCAUCAGUAAGGAGAGGGAGAAGGCUCUGCUCAGCGACAAGUGUCCAGGGACUUUCCUGCUGAGGUUCAGCGAGAGCAGCAGAGAGGGAGCAAUCACCUUCACCUGGAUCGAACAUGAUGUGCAUGGCAAGCCCGUUUUUCAUUCAGUGGAACCCUACACAAAAAAGGAGCUGGGUGCUGUCUCUCUGCCCGACAUCAUCCGCACCUACAAGGUGAUGGCCGCCGAAAACAUACCAGAAAACCCACUCCGCUUCCUGUAUCCCAACAUCCCCAAAGAUAAGGCCUUUGGGAAGUAUUACCCCAAACCUUCAGAGACCCCAGAACCGAUGGAAUUAGACAGUGUGGACAAGACUGGCUACAUGAAGACAGAGCUAAUAUCAGUUUCAGAAGUACAUCCAUCCAGACUACAAGAUAACAUGAUGCCAAUGUCUCCUGAUGACUACAAAGCUUUGGAGCAGUAUGUUGGUCCUAGAGACAUCGACGCUGUGACCAACAAUCUGAUUGGAUUUGGAGAGUUUGAUGUUCAGAUGAAGGCAGACUUUCCAGACGAGAACUAAAGAAGAACAAUUUGCUUCACCUCAUCCACGUCCAGAUACUAAACUGUGCCUCUUUGUACUAAUAAAAACUUGUCAUUCCGCCUGGCAUUGUAAGCACGAUAGAAUAUUAAUAAUAUGAUGCAUAUCUUUAAUCGUUUGGUGGUUUAGCACUUCUGGUGGUUUUAUUAUUUCUGUCAUAUUAUUGCUUAUCAUCUGAACAGAAAUGGCAAAAACAUUUAAAAAAUUUAAAUUGAAAAAAAAGAGGAAAUAAACAUAAUAUAAUGUAUGUCCUGCAUAAAGUCCACUUUAAAAUACAACGGAACCAAACAGCAGGAAAUUGCAAAUAUAAUAAUAAAUAAUAGCUAUAAAGGUAUCAUAGGCGCAGUGAUAAUUUAAUAAUGGACAGACGGAACCAGAUAUUAGCCAAUGUGAAAAUAUCUCACUUCCUUAGAGGAAGACUAAAGUGAGCUGAGGUUUGUUUGGAAAGGUUUGUGUUAAAAACAAACCAACAAAAAAAUUUCAAAAUGUGAUCUUAAGCAAAGCACCUUAAAAUUGUAGCUGUAUUAUGAAAACACAAAAUCAUAGCAAGCUGUAAUACAAUUUAAAUUAAUUGUUUUAGCAAAGUAUCUAUGUUACACAAAACCAAUACUGUAUUGUUACCUUUUGUUUUCUUUCUUUUCUUGUAACUGUUGAAUGCUACAGUAAUAAGAUUAAACCUUCUCAGGCCA